CUCUCUCUCCCAAGUCCCACCUGAGCGCGCAGUCUUACUCUUCCUCGUUCCGCAGCAAUCCUACUCCUUCUCUCUUUUGCAGUGGAUCCUGCGAUUGCCAUACCUUCGACCGUCACGUUGGGAGUAAAUUUUUUCGAUAGUUGAUAUAACUCCAAGGGAAGAAGUUAGUAGGUGGAUGAUCAAAAGACCUAGAGAUAAAAAUAUGGUAAAUCAAACUCGAUCUGGUUGUAAAAUUGGCGAUGAAUGUACAAACAAGGUGCAUAGCGGUGGUAAGGGAUCCAGUACAUCAGACUUUGCAUCAGAUUCAUAUGGACUGAGAAGGUCAACCAGGGAGUCAUCAUCCAAGAAACCAAUGAUUCCAAGCUUUCCGAGUACUCGAAAGUCGGAGCGCCUUGAGAAGCAAACCCCACCUACUUCAGUUUCUAAGGAUCCCAAGAAGGUCAAGAGACAAAGGACGCCAAGUCCAGUGAGGAGGUCCGAGAGAUGCAAGAAGCUGCGGCAUUCCUCAGAUUCUGCAAUAUCAAAGAAGUCUGCUAGAAGGUCCGAGUCAUCUGAUAGGCAAAACCAAAUGGACAAGAAAGAGACUAAGGCAAAACAAUUGGAGGUGGAAGAUAAGGAAUCUAGCAAAAGUAAUGAAGAAGAACCAGCUUCUACCCUGGUGAAGAGAGGGAAAUUGAGUGCUCGUGCUUAUAGAGCACUGUUCAGGAAGGGAAACAAGGAUAAAGCAUCAGAUUGCCGUGAGGAGUUGAGUUGUCCAAAUGAGUCCUUUCAGCCGGAACACAGCAAUUCUGUGGCUGGUCCAGAGGAAGUUGAUGCAGUCAAUGGUUGUAGUGAUUGUAAUCAAAAGAUUAAAGAGGGUGUGGAAUCCAUGACAAAAACAGUGGAAAAACAAAAUGAGGAAAACACUUGCCUCAAGCAAAACAACCAUUCUACUCAACAAGCCAUGGCAGGAUGUCAAAAUGUUACCACUGCAGAGCGCAAUUUCGUCCAAAUAGAUGGUAUAAAUUCAAAGAGAAAAAGUGGGGAGCCUGAAGCCACUGUUAACUUGGAACUUGGUGAAAAGCAGAACUUGCAUGUGUUGGUAAAGAUUGAUGAAGAAAGUGGACAGAAUACAUGCUUUAUCUGCAAGCUUGGCGGAAAACUCUUGUACUGCGAUGGAGCUGGAUGCCAAAGACACUACCAUCUUUCCUGUUUGGAUCCUCCUCUUAAUGAUGUUCCCCUAGGAGUUUGGCACUGUCUUGCUUGUGUUAGGAAGAUGAUGAAGUAUGGUGCCUAUUCAGUUUCUGAAGGAGUAGAGUCCAUUUGGGAUUGCAGGGAAGUGGAAGUAUCGAAUCCUAAUGGGUGGCAAAUGCAGAAGCAAUUUUUUGUUAAAUACAAAGGACUCGCUCAUUUUCACAAUCGAUGGUUACCAGAAGCUGAGGUGGCUGCUAAAUGGCCAUCUCUAGUUGCUAGUUUUCUUCAGAAGAAGCAGGUGGUACCGUGGAAGUCAGAGUGGGCUUUACCAAGGCGUCUACUGCAGAAGCGAUUAAUAACUUCACCUCAAUUUCAUAGUGAACGUGACAGACAGGAGGAGGGUACUGACGUGUCAAUGUGCCAUUACCAAUGGCUUGUAAAAUGGUGUGGCCUUGAUUAUGAACAUGCUUCAUGGGAGCUAGAGAAUGCUUCCCUGUUUCUCUCUUCAGAAACUCAGAGCCUCUUCAAACAGUAUGAAAACCGUCUUGAUAGAGCAACAGGAGCUUGUAAUGUUGAAGUGACUAAGCUUCCAGAAAGGAAAAAAAGUUUGAGGAAUGAAUUGUCAGAGCUUCCAGCUAAAGUUAUCCUGGGACCGGAGAACAAUCAUGCAGAUCUCAUUAAUAGCCAUAUUAUAGUAGAUGACCAGGAACACAUUUUGAAGGUCACAUCAUUUGUUUUAUCGCUCGAACGUGAUGGCUGUCUUCCUUUUCUUAUCAUUUCACCUUCUACCUCAGUUCAUUCGUGGGAUGCGGAGUUUUUUCGUCUGGCACCAACUCUUAAUGUUGUGGUUUUCAAUGGAAGCAAAGAUGCUCGUAAAUUUAUUAGGAACCUGGAAUUCUCCGAGGAAGGGGCUUCCUUAGCGUUUCAAGUGCUUAUAUCUCCUCCAGAGGCCAUUGUCGAGGAUAUGGAUAUUCUGACACAAAUGGAAUGGGAAGCAAUAGUAGUUGAUGAAUGCCAACAACCCAGGACUUUAUCCUUUUCUGAAGAAUUUAAGAAGCUAAAGACCCAAAGCAGGCUUCUCCUCUUUAAUGGGAAUACAAAGGAAAAUGUCUCCGAGUACCGUACUCUGCUCUCCAUGCUUGAUGAUCAUGGUGAAAUUAUGAAUGCAUUGGCAGCCAAUUCUCAUGAGACUGUGCAUAAACUCAAGGAGCGGCUGUUUAGCUAUACUGCACUUGAGGGCAAUACAGAUUCGUCUAGAUUUGUCGAGUACUGGGUUCCAGCACAAAUAUCAAAUGUGCAGCUUGAACAGUAUUGUGCUACUCUACUGUCAAACUCUUUGUCGCUCUGUUCAUCAUCAAAAGUUGACCCUGUUGGUGUGCUACGUGAUAUCCUUGUCUCUGCUCGGAAGUGUUGUAAUUAUUCAUACGAUGUCGAUCCAUCUCUUCAAGGCCCAUUGAGGAAAGAUCUUCAGCCAAUUGACUUGGAUGUUGGAAGAAAAGCUAGCGGGAAACUUCAGCUUCUUGAUCGGUUGCUUUCGGAGUCAAAGAAACAGCACCUGAAAGUUCUUAUAUUGUUUCAGUCCAUUGGUGGUUCAGGAAGAGAUUUGACUGGCGAUGUUUUGGAUGACUUUUUACGUCUGAGAUUUGGGGCAGAUUCAUAUGAACGUGUCGAUGGUGGCAUUCUCCCUUCUAAGAAACAGUCUGCUUUGACUAAGUUUAAUGACAAGGAGCUGGGAAGAUUUGUGUUUUUGUUGGAGAAUCGAGCCUGUAAUCCUAGCAUCAAAUUGUCAUCAGUUGAUAUGGUGAUUAUAUUCGAUAGUGACUGGAAUCCUGCUAGUGACUUAAGAAAUUUGCAGAAAUUGACAAUUGAAUCUCAAGUCCAAAUAAAAGUGCUGCGCUUGUAUUUAUCUUGUACGGUUGAAGAAAAGGCAUUGAUAUGUGCAAAACAAGGCAUGCACCUUGAAAGCAAACUGCAAAAUAUAAGUCCAAGGACUAGCCACAUGUUACUCAUGUGGGGGGCGUCAUUUCUUAUGCGUAGAUUGGACGAGUUCCAUGGCAGCUCUAGUGUGUCUUCCAUGGAAUUGUCUGAUCAAUUGCUUGCAAACUCCGUGGUUCAGGAGUUUCUGGCUUUGAUGCUACAGAAUGAGAACAGUGUGAAGAGCAGAUCUGUCAUUGUCAAAGCGCAGCAAACUUCAGGAACUUACUGCACAGAUUUUCCUUUGGUUGGUGAGUUGAUGAUUCAGUCCACUGCUGAAGACUUGCCGUAUAUUUUCUGGACAAAGUUAUUGGAAGGAAAGCAUCCUUGCUGGAAAUAUUGUUCUGGUUCAACCCCAAGGAGUAGAAAAAGGCUUCAAUCAUAUGUCAAUAUAUUUGAAGAAGUUGGGUCUGACAGUAAUAAGCUGGCCAAGAAACGCAAGAAGUCGACAUAUAAUAGCAUAUCUCCGUCCUCUAGGAAGCAGCGAUUAGAUGGGGAGAAAAAGGUUGCUGCUAACAAGGAAGGGACUUCCAGUCCAUUUAUUCAAUCUCUUGGAGGAGAAGAUUUGGCAGCUAUACCUGAAGGUAAAAUGGUUGACUCUGAUGAGGGAAGAAAGUUGCGCGAUGCACAGAGGAGCCUCUAUCUUUUGCUGAAACCAGAAAUCUUGAGACUUAGUGACUUGCUCAAUUUAUCGGACAAUAUCAAGGGUAUGGUUAAUAGCUUCCUUGAUUAUGUUAUCACUAAUCAUCAUGUCAGCCGGGAAUCAGCGAGUAUUCUACAAGCUUUCCAGUUGGCACUGUGUUGGACUGCAGUUUCUUUAUCAAAGGAAAAAAUAGAUCACACGGAAUGUCUUGAGCUUGCGAAAAAGCAUUUGAACUACCAGUGCAAGAAAGAAGAGGCAGAUCAUGUGUAUUCAAUGUUGCGAGAUCUAAAGAAAAAGUUUCUCCAACUUAGAAAGAAGCCACCGGUCGAUUCCUUGAAAUAUGGAGAAUUGAAAGAGAAAGUCCUUCAGAUGGAGCAAUCUGGUUUGAAGUCGCCCCUGCCAGCUAUGCCUUGCCUCCAACCUGUAAAAGUAGAGAUUGAAGAUUGUACCUUUCAAGGAUCCUCCAGUAAUGAGGUCAUUUCUAGUCCUACAUUGAUGGAUGAGUUUGGAUUGACAUUGGGAGACAUUUCUGAAAGAGGCAGAGAAAUUCAGGACCAGAAACAGAAACUGCAGGGGCUAGAAGCGAGGAAGGACGAAAUAUGUAGAGAAUCUGAGGCACAGAAGGUGUUGCUGGAGAGUAAUCAUAAAUUGGAGGCUGCAAUUGUCCGUUUGCAUUGUGGUGGUUCAACAAAAAUAGACAGGAUGAAGAGAUUGGACAGGGAAUACUCUACACAAAUUGAAGAAUGCUCACGUGAGAUGGCCAUGCACCUUAAAGAAAUUGAUGCUGAACAUCUAGCCUCAGCAAAUGGAGUUCAGCAGGAGCCUUCUGUAGUAGAGGGAGAUGGGUGCUCAACGCACACGCAAGUGCUGAAUAAGCUGCCUGAAGCCAGGCAGGGCCAGGAAAGUUCCAAUUGUCAUGAUCAACUUGAUAAUGUGGACCCUUUCUUGAGGCCCUCGGUUGACCAAAGUGCUGAUGUAAUUGUCCAUACUGAAAAGGACUGCCUUCCAGUUAAGAUUGGCAGUGACAAGGAUGAGAUGAGUACCGUGGCUUCAGGAACAGUUUCUACUGAGGUGGGGCCAUGUGCUAAUGGAACACAAAUAGACAACCAAGGGAAUGCUGUUUCUCUCAAUCCCUGCCCUCAGGAGAAUCUUCCUGUUAAUUCACAAGGUGAUUUUUUCAGUAACCAUGCUCUAGAGAAUGAUAGCACUAUGGAUGCUUGCACAUGGGUGGAUCAGAUUCCUGAUGGUUCAAGAAAGGAAGCAAUUGAUAAGUGGGGUCCAGUGGAGGUGCAAGAGAGUGUUCAUUUAACGAAUAUACUGGAGAGAUCGAGUUCUCCAGAUCCACAAGCAUCAGAAACGGAACGACCUAAUGGAUCUGAAUCUGGGGUGGUUGAUAGUGAGGGACCUCAUAAAGCUUCCUUGGUUAAUCAAUCAAUAUCAAGGAUGCCUAAUGGCAGAGACAAAGUCGGAGCCACUGAUCAUACUCUGGAGAAUAUUAGCUCUCUGAAUGCUUGCUCCUUGGAUGAUCAGAUUCGUGACGGUUCAAGAAUGGAAGCACUUGAUGAACUAGCUGCGGUGGAGGUGCAAGAGAAUAUUUGUAUAUCAGGUGAACCGGAGGAGAUGAUCUCUCCAGAUCCACAUAUACCAGAAACGGAAAUAUGCAAUGGAUCUGAAUCUGAAGUACUUGAGAAUGUCCAUCCCCGCGAUGGACCUCGAGAAGUUGCCUUGGUUAAUCAAUCAAAGUCAACUACAGUGCUGCCAUCACGGGCCUUUGCUGAGGGAGCUUCUGUGUCAUCUCACAGUACCCUACCUGACCAGGAGUUGAGAGCCGAUUGUAAUGCCACAUCUACCCGCGGGCAAGAGAUAAAUGCACCCAAUCAAGAGCAACAUAAUGAUGAGACUCUACCUGAUGAGGAGUCGAGAGAUGAUUGUAAUGUCACAUCCAUGAGCGUGCAAGAAAAAAAUGCACCUGGGAAACAGCAGCAUGAUGCUGAGGUUGCUUCUACGACAUCUCAUCAUAGUGCGCCUCACCAGGAUUUGAGAGAUGAUUGUAACCCCGGACCAGCCAUCACGCAAGAGGGAAAUAUACAUGAUGAAGUGCAGCAAAAUGCUGAGGGUGCUUCCAUGCCAUCUUAUCUUACCUUACCUGAAGAGGAGUUGAGAGUUAAUUGUAAGGCAGCAUCCACCGGCAUGCAGGAGAGAAAUGCACCCGAAGAAGAGCAGCAUAAUGCUGAGGGUGCUUCCAUAUCAUCUUGUCAUACCUUAUCUGGCCAGGAGAUGGGAGACGAUUUUAAUGCCCUGUCCAGCAGCAUGCGAGAGAGAAAUGCACCCAACGAAGAGCAGCAUAAUGCUUCUCAACAAACUGAAUUUCUAUCAUCUAGUACUGGUAAUGCUACAUCAUCUUUCUCUGGAGCAGCAGAUAUGGAGCCUCCAGUGCUUCUGCCGCCACAAGAUCAGCCUCUUAACCACAGUUCACAUGAUUUAGCUCUCGUCAGUGGAACGGCAACUCCACUCCAGGGGGUGGGAGAGACUUCUAAUCUAACUGUUCACUCUCAGUCAACACAAAUUGCUGAAAACCCUGCUGUGCCUCCGAAUCAAGCAAUGUCGGAAUCUGCAGUCAGCAUUCCUCGUGGUGGGAUGGUGGCACAGGUCUCAGGCAAUUCAACUGCAUCCAUUUCUGUGGAAAGUAGCACUCAGCUAUUACAGAGUCCCUUUCCAAUGGCACAACCCAGAAUGCCUUUGAAAUUGCACUUGGACCCUCUUCAGAAUGAGCUGGACAGAAUACAAAGGGAAAUGGAGCAGAUGGACAAAUCACAUGAAGAUGCGAAAUUGCUACUGGUAUCUGAUUGCGGGAAGGAGAUAGAGGAAAUUGUUGCACAAAUUCGCCGGAAGUACGAUUUGAAACUUAAGGAGAUUGAGGCAGAAUAUCUUGCUAAAAAAAAGGAACUCGACAUGAAUCAGGGCAAAGUUCUGAUGAACCGGAUGCUAGCCGAGGCAUUCAAAUCCAAGUGUUCUGAUAUCAGGGCGUCUGGCGCCAAUGGAAUUCAACAAGAUGUAGCUUCUGGUUCCAUGCAGCAGUUGCUACAGUUAUCAUCACAGCGUAAUGCACAUCAGCCUUUGCCAGUUCGUGGCCCUUCUGCUGGCCUUCAAUCGAACGGGGUUCGCACUAUUGCCACUCCAUUCACAAGCUCAGAGAGUUUUCCUCCCAAUGUGGCAAGCUUCCAGAAUGUGGGCCCGUCUGGCGUUACCAUUCUCGAUAGUUCGGCUGUUUCCUCUGGUAUAGCAUCCAGACCGCCCCAGAUCAGCCUCAGCAUGCCGCCACCAUCAGCAAACAUUCAAGCUCCCAGCGAUCUUCGUUCUCCUGCCCCACAUCUCCAAGCUUUCAGACCUUCAAUUGCAUCUUCAGGCACCCCUUCGCAGGGCUUGCCUAAUCAGCAGCCACCUAGCAACCCACCUACAACUUCUGCCCCUCUUCAGCAGCUUCCAUUGGCAGCAGUGCCACCUGCGGGCGCAGCAGGUCCAAGUAGUCGGCAUCAUGGCGGAGGAUCUGUAGGAGGGUUUCUACCUAAUGAAUUGGGGAGUGAUCUGCUUAGGGAUAUCUUUCAUCCCCUAAUUAUUGCUGCUUCACAAAGGGAUAAUUUAACCUCCUCUAGUGCGACCGCUGACGUUGUAUGCUUAUCUGAUGACGACUGACCGCACACUCGAAGGUAUCGAUAUCAUAUCCGUUGGUCUAACAAGUAGGCAUCCCAUGGAUCCUCGGCAGUUUUGGUUGCAGGAAGGUUUUGUAAAUAAGUCAAUCGUGAUAAUUAAGUUUUAUGUCUGUAGCAUCAUUCCUGUGAACUAACCCUAAGCUGAAGUAGGACCUUUUGAUACCACCUAGUACAAAAAGCCCGGAAGAAUAUGUGGCCAUGAGUUGGGAAAGUACGCAGAAGAGGGGUGUAUCUCGGAAUAUUUGACAUGGGUGCUCGCUCGUUUCUGUUUCCUGUAGCUUGUGCUUAGUUGUGACACUGGGCCUAUUGGUGAAGGUAGAGUUUCAUUUCACCCCGAAA